GCGCGGAGGGCGGGCUGAGCGCAUGGAGCGGCGCGGGCCGGGGGCUGUCGCGGCUAGGGGCCGGGCCAGGCAGGGCGCAGCCAGAGCCGCCGAGUCCCAGUUAAGGCCCAGCUGACCCAGCCUGUAGGCUGCUCCGUCGCCAAUGAACUCGAUGAAUCCCAUGAAACCUGCCCUGCCCCCUGCACCACACGGUGAUGGUUCAUUUGCAUACGAGCCUUUGCCUUGGCAACAAGGCGCCACUCAGCCGGCCGGCUCGCUGUCUGUGGUCACUACCGUGUGGGGUGUCGGCAACACAGCACAGAGCCAGGUUUUGGGGAACCCCAUGGGCCCUGCGGGGAGCCCCCCUGGCAGCUCCAUGAUGCCUGGUGUGGCCGGCGGCAGCUCUGCCUUGACCUCCCCGCAGUGCCUGGGACAGCAGGCGUUUGCCGACAGCGGGGCCAGCAAGGGCUAUGUGCAGCAAGGCGUGUACGGCCGCGGGGGCUACCCCAGCGGCCCCAGCUUCAGCACCGGGUAUGCAGGUGGUGCAGGGGGCCUGGGCCUCCCUGCCCAUGCUGGCCGGCCCUCCACUGACUUCACACAAGCGGCUGCAGCUGCUGCUGUGGCUGCAGCUGCGGCCACGGCCACGGCCACAGCCACAGCCACCGUGGCUGCGCUGCAGGAGAAGCAGAGCCAGGAGCUGAGCCAGUAUGGCGCAAUGGGGCCUGGGCAGUCCUUUAACAGUCAGUUCCUGCAGCAUGGAAGUCCCCGGGGGCCCAGCAUCCCUGCUGGUAUGAGCCCGGCAGGCAUGGGAGGGGUGAUGGGCCCAACUGGCCUCUCGCCCAUGACUGUGAACCCCACCCGGGCAGCAGGCGUGGCACCCCUGUAUGCAGGGCAGCGCCUGCCGCAGCACGGCUACCCCGGGCCUCCCCAGGCCCAGCCGCUGCCCCGACAGGGGAUCAAGAGAAGCUACUCGGAGGUGUAUCCAGGGCAGCAGUACCUGCAGGGAGGCCAGUUCGUGUCCAACACUGCCCAGUAUGCUCCCGGGCAGCCCCCCGCACCCCCCGCCUCCCACCCUGGGCACCGGCUGCCCCUGCAGCAGGGGUUGAGCCAGUCCCUGUCUGCCCCCGGCCCCGCAGGACUCCAUUACAAGCCCACAGAGCAGUUCAACGGGCAGGGUGCCAGCUUCAACGGGGCCAGCGUCAGUUACAGCCUGAGUGGGCCUGCUCGGUCCAUCCCUGGUUACCCCAGCUCCCCGCUGCCAGGGAACCCCACGCCUCCCAUGACUCCCAGCGGCAGUCUCCCCUACAUGUCCCCGAGUCAGGAGGUCAAGUCUGCCUUCCUGCCUGACCUCAAGCCAGGCUUCGGCCCCCUGCACCCGUCCUCCUCGGGGCAGGCUGUGCGCAUGCCGCUCACACAGCAUCCCCCACCAGGGAGCGGCCCCUGUGACGAGCUACGGCUCACUUUCCCCGUCCGGGACGGAGUGGUCCUGGAGCCCUUCCGCCUGCAGCACAAUCUGGCCGUGAGCAACCACGCCUUCCAGCUGCGGGACUCGGUGUACAAGACCCUCACACUGAGGCCCGACCUGGAGCUGCAGUUCAAGUGCUACCACCACGAGGACCGACAGAUGAACACCAACUGGCCGGCCUCGGUGCAGGUCAGCGUCAACGCCACGCCGCUGAGCAUCGAGCGCGGAGACAACAAGACCUCGCACAAGCCGCUCUACCUAAAGCACGUGUGCCAGCCGGGCCGCAAUACCAUCCAGAUCACCGUCACGGCCUGCUGCUGUUCGCACCUCUUUGUGCUGCAGCUGGUCCACCGGCCAGCCGUGCGCUCAGUCCUGCAGGGCCUCCUCAAGAAGCGCCUCCUGCCUGCGGAGCACUGCAUCAGCAAGAUAAAGCGCAACUUCAGCAGUGGCACCAUCCCCGGGACCCCGGGUCUCAAUGGAGAGGACGGCGUGGAGCAGACGGCCAUCAAGGUGUCCCUGAAGUGCCCCAUCACCUUCCGCAGGAUCCAGCUCCCUGCCCGGGGCCAUGACUGCCGCCACAUACAGUGCUUUGACCUGGAGUCGUACCUACAGCUCAACUGUGAGCGGGGGACCUGGAGGUGCCCCGUGUGCAACAAGACAGCGUUGCUGGAGGGCCUGGAGGUGGACCAGUACAUGCUGGGCGUCCUGAUUCACAUCCAGAACUCCGACCACGAGGAGAUCACCAUUGACCCCACGUGCAGCUGGAAGCCCGUGCCCGUGAAGCCGGACGUGCACGUCAAGGAGGAGCCCGACGGGCCCGUGCUGAAGCGCUGCCGCACCGUGAGCCCCGCACACGUGCUCAUGCCCAGCGUGAUGGAAAUGAUCGCCGCCCUGGGCCCCAGCGCGGCCCCCUGUGCCCCCCUGCAGCCCCCUGCAGCCCCCGCCCCCGGCGACUACCCCGGCCAGGGUUCCAGCUUCCUGGGGCCCAGCACCUUCCCUGAAUCUUUCCCGCCUACCACUCCCAGCACCCCCACCAUUGCCGAGUUCACCCCGGGGCCUCCCCCGAUCUCCUACCAGUCUGACAUUCCCGGCGGCCUCUUGACACCCGAGAAGUCAGCGCCCUGUCUCCCAGGCCAGAUGGCCCCCGUGAGCCACCUGGACCCAGCGCACAACCCCGGGCCACCAGGGCUGCACACCUCCAACCUUGGAGGCCCCGCACGUCCUCAGCUGCACCAUCCGAACCCUCCCCCGGCAUCCCGGCAGUCCCUGGGCCCGCUGACCUCAGGCCCCAUUGGCGAACUGGCCUUCAGUGCUGCCACAGGCGUGCUGGGGCCCCCCAGCAUGUCUGGGGCAGGGGAGGCUCCAGAACCGGCUCUAGAUUUACUCCCAGAACUGACGAACCCCGACGAGCUGCUGUCCUACCUGGGCCCGCCUGACCUCCCCACCAGCAGCAACGAUGAUCUGCUCGCUCUGUUUGAGAACAACUGAGUCACAGAUGACACCGUGCCCUGCCCUCCGCCCCAGUCCCGGGGGGAGCCCACCAGGGGAGCCCCCCCGGGACGCCCAGCCAGGGGAUCCCUACACAUACUUGGAUGGCCUGGGGCACCCCAGCCCUCCUCCUGAGGCAGCCCAGGGGAGCCUCUCACGGACCUGUGGCCUUCCCUGCCCUGGACUGGCUUGCCACAGUUCUGGCCGGGCCCCUGCCCACAACCCGAGCCAGGUCCACACACUCCUUGCCCCUGACCUCACAGUUCACACCUUGUCCUUCCACUCCUGCCUGCUCCCACCCUGCCUGCAUCUUGUCCAGAGUCGUCCUUCUGUCUGACCCCAUCACAGCCUCAAAGAGCAGGUGUACAGUAAGGCUGGGCCUGUGGCUCCAACUGCUCCAUGGCUCACCGGCCACCAGGGACCUAGAGCCGUUUCCCACCCUGGCUGGCCAUGUGCAUCAGAUCCCCUCACCCGCACAAGCCAAGGCCAGGGCGAGGUUGCCACAAAGCGUAAGGGUGAGCCUGCGCAGGGACCCCAACAGCUGAGGCAGGGGGGCCCUCAGGCUACCUGCUGUGGUGCUGUUCCUCGCCUCCCUCCCUCUCAGGCUUCCCUGGGCUUUCUGCUUCUUUGGUGUGCAGAUGGCCCGGGGAAGCUUUGGCUUGGGGCGGGCUCCAGAUGUGCCCUGGCACGGCUGCCCAGCAAGCUGCUCUCCUGUCUCCUUUUACCCUGAACGCAAAGAAUUAGUACAACCGUGUUUUUAAAACCACCUCUCCCAAUUCCACCCCAUGGGCCCACAUCCAGGGUGGCAGGGAGCGGGUAGCUGUGCCUCCUGGGUCGGCCCCCGCAGGCAGACAGCAGGCAGGUGCAGCGGGCUCCUGGGCCGCCUGGCCCCCGUCUGUGCAGUCUCCAUUAAAGGACUCCUUCCUGUG